AUGGAGUCCCAUUAUACAUUGGCCCAGAACAGGGCAGCAUUGGAGGAGUUUGUUCGACAACCAGUUCGGACCUAUAUGGUUCAGCAUCUGGCAAAGCAAGCCUCGCAAGUUAUUCGAUGUGACUCCGAGCCCACUCCAUCAGGCAGCCUGCCCACACCUCCUUCAACACCUCCUCAUUCUUCUAUGGCAGAAUCCGCUCUACCACCCCUGCCCACUCUUGAACAAUUCAUCAGUUCCCUGAUUCACCGGUCUUCCGUCCAAGUACCUACGCUGAUGACAUCUCUGGUCUACCUCGCCCGUCUCCGGUCAAGACUACCACCUGUGGCGAAAGGAAUGCGCUGCACUGUUCACCGAAUUUUCCUGGCUUCUUUGAUUCUUGCAGCCAAGAAUCUGAACGACUCAAGCCCCAAGAACAAGCAUUGGGCAAGAUACACUACAGUCAAGGGGUUUGAGGGCUUUGGUUUUGGUCUGGCAGAAGUGAAUUUGAUGGAGAGGCAACUCUUGUAUCUGCUGGAGUUCGACACCCGAGUCACGGAGCAAGACCUUUUUGAUCAUUUCGAGCCAUUCCUGGCUCCUAUUCGCUUCCAAUUGGAACUUCAACAAGAAGAAGCUGAGCUUACCGGCCACCACAGGCACUGGCACUCUCAUCAAACCUCAUACGACUCCAGUGUCUCCCUUCCACCGUCAUCUCGCAAGGAACACAUUCUUCCUAGCGUGGCAACGCCACCCCCAAGAGCUGCAGGUGUCUAUGAUUCCCCGGCCUCCUACAUCGAUGAAGAUCUUGCUGGUGGCCGGUAUACACGACACCGAGCCAACAACAGCUCCUUGUCAUUGCCCGCCCCGAGUCACAGACGUUGGCCAUCUCCUUUCCGUCAGUAUGGCAACAAUCGAUCCGUAUCACCGCCUUCAAUUCGAGAUCUUCCUCCUCUUGUUGCGCCCAGCAGACCCGGAACUAUGCAUAGCCAUUCUAGUUCGCGAUCUUCCUCAAUGGCACCAUCAUUGAGAUCACGAUCCUCAUCACUGGCACCUACAUCUCGAGGUACCCCCUACACUGCUUCAUCGGGUAUUGAUGAUAGCAUCGUCGUGGUAGACCUUACCGAGAGUCCUGAUGCCUCAUACCACAGUGCAUAUGGCAAGGCAUUGACGGCGAGCCGGCCCAGUCUCAAAGGACAUCAGAUAAGCUUCCAAGGCGAAAGUCAACAACCCGCAAAAAAAGUCAAAUCUGAUUCCAGUGUGAGUGGGGUCAUGGCCCGGAUCUUCAGCUCUGCUGCAAGCAAUUACCGACUUGGCAGAACACCUGUACAUGCAACUUAG